CCGGGCAGCUGGCCACGUCUCCCAAACGACGACGGAGCAAAGGGGCGGUGGUUCAUACUAUUAAAUAGCAGCCAAGGAGCAAAGAGAAACCACUUUCUCACAUCUGCUGAAGUACUAGUCUUGCACUGAAAUGCUGAUAGUUCCCUAGAGGAAGACAAUGCUGCCAUGAGCUUUGGCGGCUUUUUCUGAAUGGUGAUUAGCUUCGUCCUUUGACGGGUUUCUUGCUAAGAAUCUACAGUUCUCUAUGAUCAUUUCUGGAAGAAACUGACUCAGCGGGGGAGAGAUGGCCACCUGGUUCGCAAUCCAGCAAAUCCUUCGGAAGCAGCUGAUAGCUUCUUUCUCCGCCAGCCCCCAAAUCGUUUCAAACACAGUGCCGUUUCCUAGCUCUUUGCACCAUGCCCUUUUCAUCCGAUCCGUGCACGGCCCGCUUGGCGCAGUCAAGUCUGGCGCCCAGUUCACACCGCAAGCGAUGUGGGCCAGCCGUGGUGGUGUGAAUACUCCUUUAAGCAGAGAUCUCAAAGCUUGGAGCGCAAAACUGGUGGGCGUCUAUGGGAGCAGUCCACUUGCAAAGAGUUCAUCUCUCCUUUCUAGUUCCCUGACCAGGACAGUUAAGUAUGGGCACUUUUCCAGGGGGUUUGCCGCUGGGUCUGUUCGCACCACCCUCCAAGGCUUCCGCAUCGCUGGUGUGAAAACCCCCCUGGCGGCUGCCACACCCCAGUUUAUGUCCACCGCAGCAACCGCAACAGCAACCGGUUUGGUCAAGGGGGGCCCCGUGGCUCAGAAACAGGUGGCAUACUGGCUGUUCGGCUGCGCAGGAUGGGUUUUCAGCAUGGUGGUUCUGGGGGGGGUUACGCGGUUAACCAGGUCGGGUUUGUCGAUGACUGAUUGGCGGUUUGCAGGGGGGCUGCCACCGAUGACGCAGGAGGAGUGGGAGGAGGAGUUUGACAAGUACAAGCAAUCCCCAGAAUACAAAAAGGUCAAUCUGGGCAUGAAGUUAGAUGACUUCAAGUUCAUCUACUGGAUGGAGUACGCGCAUCGCAUGUGGGGCCGUGCUCUAGGGCUCGUUUUCACCGUCCCGUUUGCCUACUUUGCGGUCAAGGGUUACGUCACUCGACCACUGGCGGCGAGGCUGGGGGUACUACUCACACUGGGGGCGGGGCAGGGACUGGUUGGCUGGUGGAUGGUUAAGAGCGGGUUGCAGGAGCCCAAGUCCGAGUACGACGUUCCUCGAGUCAGCCCCUACCGACUGGCCGCCCACCUGACGUCAGCGUUCGUCAUCUACUCGGGACUGCUCUGGACGGCUCUCACAGUCGCGAGCCCCACCCCUCCCACUCUCAGUGCGCUCGCUUCGCAGGCGGGGGCUGCUUUGCGGGGCAGAAUCCACCCUCUGGCAGCGCUCAUUGGCGUGACUGCGCUUUCUGGCGCUUUUGUCGCCGGUCUUGAUGCGGGCCACGCGUUCAACACCUUCCCGAAGAUGGGCGAGACGUGGCUGCCUCCGGGCCUCUUUGAGAAGCAGCCCUUCCUCGCAAACUUCUUCGAAAACACCGCCACAGUCCAGUUGGACCACCGGUUACUUGCGCUGACCACUCUGGCAAGUGUGACCGCGGUCUGGGCGACCUCCCGGAGGCUGCCAUUGCACCCCCGGACCAAGCUGCUAUUGCAUGGGCUUAUGGGGAUGACGGCACUGCAGGUAACCCUUGGCGUGUCGACUCUUCUAUUGCACGUGCCCGUGUCUCUGGGGUCAGCCCACCAGGCGGGUGCUCUCACUCUGUUUACGAUCGUGCUCACGCUGAUGCACUCGCUGCGGCGGCCGCGGCCGGGCGCGCUCAAAGCUGCUGCGGAAACGCUAACGUCACGGCGAGCGUCAGCGGGGACGCUGCAACCCACAUAAAACUAGGAGCUCCGCGUCUGAGGUUCGAGCAGAGGUUCGUAUUGGCACCGCGCAACGGCAUUCCUGGACACAUUUGCCGUGUCAGAAUAUGCAUGAAAGGUUCAAUUUUGAUGACGUUUCAAGGCACUUACCAUCACGUGCGUCCAGUCAAGUAAAACAGGCCGCGUGUGUCUAGUUGCAUGCGGGUUGGAUUUUGAGCAGGCCUUCAUGCAGUUUGCAUGACAC